AUGUCGAAGAUACUGAGUCCACUUCGAAGGUCGUUUGACCAGCUCCCGGAGUUUCCUUCGACUACGGCAUCGGUCAUCAGAAGCCGUAUCCUUCGGAUAAGUGUGCUGACAGCAAUUCUUGUGCUACUACUGCAUCUUUGUUCAAGCCUAUCAUACUACGAAGAUGGCCUUGAGGACGCAGAAACCGAUGGCAAACCUGGCUACCUACACCUUUUAAUUCCAGCAUCAAAGCCGGACCAGAACUUAUGCAAGACUGUACUCAGUGCUGGCAUUCUAAACUACCCGGCUCCACGACUCGUAAAUUGGAACCAAAAAUUCGAAGAUCCAAAUUUGGUUGCAGGAGGAUCGCAUAUCGGAAAGAUCUCUGGCAUUAAAACAUAUCUUGAUGGCAUGGACGUGGCCCGUGAUUCGGAUCUGGUGUUGAUGGUCGAUGGCUACGAUGUUUGGUUCCAAUUGCGACCUCAAACAAUUCUCGACCGCUACUUCGACAUCAAUCGUCGCGCAAACAAGCGUGUCCAGAAAGAGCUUGGAGAUGAGGUAGUGAGGCAACACAACAUACACCAGCAGAUCGUCUUCUCUUGUCAGAAACGAUGCUGGCUUUUUUCCGAGGAUGAUCCUGAAUGCUAUGCUGUUCCUCAGUCGUCUCUCCCUCAGGACAUAUACGGACCGGAAACAGACACAGACAUCGGGGAUGAGAAGAAUCCAUACAUCAAGUUCCGACAAAGGUUUCUCAAUUCCGGUGUGGCCAUUGGCACCGUAGGCGCGAUGCGUAAGCUUUUCACUGAAGCUAUGGUUCGUGCUGAACACGACCCAAAUUUUGGCAGUGACCAGAAGAUUUUCAGCCAGUUGUUUGCCGAGCAAGAAGUCGCACGCGAAGCCUUAAGACAACAAUCGCUGUCUAACUCCUGGUGGAGUAGACUGACAUCGAGCGCCUACUCAGACGAGCGCAUUGGAAGGUUCAAAAAAGAACAUCUUGAUGCUGUCCAAGGAAAGGAUCUCGAGUUUGGCUUGGGUGUGGACUACGAAAGCUCGAUCGGACUAGCAACCGUGUUCGCUGAGGACGACACCGAAUGGUUGACACCGAGCAACAAAGAAGAGCUCGACCAAGCCAAUGCUGUCCGAGCAAUUGAUACCCAAAAAAGCAGACUUGGGAACGUCCUCAAGGAUGUUGCUGGAACCGUCCCACCUUUCUGGACCUUUGAACGCAAGCCCUUACCGCGCGAACAAACAUGGUCCGAUGUGUCGCUCUUCACUGAUGUGUGGACUGGGAUCGUGCCGGCAGUAAUCCAUCAUAAUGCGCACCGAGAUGGUAUGAAGUCGCUAAGAGAAGAAUGGUGGGACCGUGUUUGGUUCCAAGAGCACGCCCGGAGCCUGUAUGACAGCCAUAUCGUUGCGCCUUUAGGUCCUGUUGCCAUCUCGGGUGGGCGACAAUGGUGGAGUCCAGAGGACUGGAAAGGCGGAGCUCGAGUCGACCUGCAACCUCUGACGAAUGACACCUGGAUCCGGUAUGAAGAAAUGUGUGAUGGCACAGAAGACGAAGUGUUUCGAGAUGGUGAAGGUCCAUGGCGUCUUCCUGAUGACCAUUGA